CACUCAGUACCACGCUAUUGCGCGCGCGGGGACUACAUACCGUCCCAGUAGCUUGAGCCGCACGCGUUCUAUGUGCCAUUGCCAUGUACAAAAACCUCCUCAACCCUCUCAUUUCGAUUCUGCUAUGCAAUCCAUUGGGUGAUCCUCAAAACCCCGGAGCGAUGUCUUUCUUGCAACACCCUGGUUGCGGUUUCAACCCCUCGCAGCAACAGCUGCUCUGCUACUACCUGACCAACAAGAACAACGACGACGAUGAUGGUGGUUCCAAGGGUUACGAUUUCAUCAGAGAGCUGGAACUCUACAAGUACGACCCGUUCGAUCUACCUGACGCGGCGUGCUUUUCUUACGGUUUGGGGGCGAGGAAGAGGCACUGGUACUGUUACGCGGCGAGGAAUGUAAAGGAGAGCAGAGGGGGGAGACGGAAGACGAAGAGUGGGUUCUGGAAAAGGGGAAUGGUGAGGGCCGUGGUGGGCCCUGGAGGGAAAGUGGUCGUCGGGACCAGAUCGAGCUUCGUAUUUUAUCUGGGGCAUUUGCCGAAGACCGCGACGAGGACCGAUUGGGUCAUGCACGAGUAUGCGCUAAUUGAUCAUCUUAAGGCUUCCUUUGUCCUUUGUCGAGUAUUUGCCCAAUCUCAUGCUGGAAAUAGCAUAUCAGAAAAUGGCUUAAGCUCUUGUGCCGAGGAGAGUGUUUCGGCAGUGCGUCACAUUGGCAUUCAGCAUGACGGAUAUCUUACACCUGAUACUCUUGAACCUAAAAUGCAUGAUGACAACCAUGUUAACAGGAACCAAGAGAUACCAAAAUAUGCAAUGCGAUCAGUUAGUGAGCUAGAUGAUCUGGUCAUGCCUGGGCCGGUUUCUGUUGACUGCUUUCCUCUUCCUUCAGGGGCGCAGCCUAGGGAGCAGAUGAGCUCGUCCGUGCCUCCUGGAAGUAGUGCAGACUGUUUUGAAGGUCUGACUGACCAGCAAGUACGUUCCAUUUUAGAGGAAGAUUUCAUUGAGUUAGCCGAUCUUGUGCCGUAAGUCUGUAAUUGAUUCAUUUGGCAUUGAAGCAGCUGAUUACAAAGAUAUUCGAAUACUUAUUGGAAUGCUCAGGCUAUUGCUGGAAACAAUUGUUUCAGGAUGGGUUUAUAUAAUCCAUACAAGAUGAGAAGGUUUAAAUAUUAGAAAACCAUUUGAGUAACAAUAAAUUAGAAAAUUGUACGUCAACAUUGAAGUUGGGAGAUAUGACACAGCAGGAUGACGUGGCCUUUAAAGGUAGUUAGUAUGUUUUGUACAUCAACUUUGAAGUUCAGGCAUAUUUCACGGCAGGAUGACUUGGCCUUUUUUAAGAUAUUUAGUGUGUUACUGUACGUCAACUUUGAAGAUAAGGCAUAUUUCACGGCAGGAGGACUUGGCCUUUUAAGGCAGUUAGUAUGUUAUUGUAGUCAACUUUGAAGUAGAGGCAUAUAUUUCACAGCAGGAUGACUUGGCCUUUAAGGCAGUUAGUAUGUUAUUGACAUCAACUUUGAAGUUAAGGCAUACAUUUCACGGCAGGAUCACUUGGCCUUUUAAGGUAGUUAGUACGUUAAGUUAGUACGUUAUUGUACGUCAAAUUUGAAGUUGAGGCAAAUUUCACUGCAGGAAGAUGUGGCCUUCGAAGAUUUGUUCUUGUGCCUGAUAGAAAGCAGUUUUCUCCAGUGGAGUACUGAAAGACAUUAUGCUCAAGAAGGGUAAGUUUAAAGUACGUUAUAGGAGUGUCAACUGCGUCACCUGACGUGAUAAUGCUGCUGUUGUUCCCUUGAUGAUGGAGGUUGUUUUUUUAUCAUUUGCAAUGGUGGUAAACUUUAAUUUUCCACCACCUAUCCAGAGCCUUCUCUUUUUGUUUCAUAUUAAUAAGUAACCUCUCCAAAGCCUUUCUCAGCAAGGUAUAUUUUCCUUUUCCUUCUCUAUUUCUGUUUUGUAACUUUAAUUGCCAAAGAGUUAGCACUAUAAAAUUCUGGAUUUUUUUAAAAUAUUUCGAUAUAUUGAUGGGGGUGUUAAUCGCUUGAA